UUUGACGCAUGCCCAUAAGGCGGCCCAAUAAAUUUAACAAUAAUUCCCACAUAAAUAUAACGUUACGCUAGGGUUUUCUCAGUGUCUCGUCUUCUCAAGCCGCCCUAAAAUACCACUGAGAAUUAGCUAUGGGACGAAGACCUGCAAGGUGUUACCGCCAGAUUAAGAACAAGCCUUACCCAAAAUCAAGGUUUUGUCGUGGUGUUCCAGAUCCAAAGAUCAGGAUCUAUGAUGUUGGUAUGAAGAAAAGGGGAGUUGAUGAAUUUCCUUUCUGCGUGCAUUUGGUCAGUUGGGAGAAGGAGAAUGUUUCAAGUGAGGCUCUUGAAGCUGCUCGUAUUGCUUGCAACAAGUACAUGACUAAGUCCGCUGGAAAGGAUGCUUUCCACCUCAGGGUUAGGGUCCAUCCCUUCCACGUAUUGCGUAUUAACAAAAUGUUGUCAUGUGCUGGGGCUGAUAGGCUCCAAACUGGUAUGAGGGGAGCUUUUGGCAAACCACAGGGAGUCUGUGCCCGUGUUGCCAUUGGUCAGGUUCUUCUCUCUGUUCGCUGCAAAGAUGGUAAUGCUACCCACGCUCAAGAGGCUCUUCGUCGUGCUAAGUUUAAGUUCCCUGGCCGACAAAAGAUCAUUGUUAGCAGAAAGUGGGGUUUCACUAAGUUCAGCCGUACCGAUUACCUGAAAUACAAGUCAGAGAAUCGUAUUAUCCCAGACGGUGUCAACGCCAAGCUUCUCGGCUGCCAUGGACGACUUGCUGCACGCGAACCUGGAAGAGCUUUUCUAGAAGCAGCACAUUGAAAUUGUAGAAUUUCUACUUCUGCUGGAUGAAAUUUUGUGUCUUGAUCAUCUGUUUAGUUUUGAACCAUUACUUAGGCUGUUACUGCUCUGAACAUUUAGCUUUUCACAAGAAAAUGAUUGGUUUUUAUUUGCA